AUGCUCGCCGGCCGGGCGCGCGUUGCUGCGAGAGCAUGCGGCGUCGCAUCAGACCAGGAUGCCGACGGUGCCGGCGAUGACGGCGCCAGCACUCAGCGCGGCCUUGGUGCUGAUGGAGCGGCGGCGCCGGCGGCAGCCCAUCGGCGGCGGCCGCGGCCACUGGACGACCGAGCGCUGACGGCCGCGAUCAAGGGCUGCGGGAGCUGGGAGCAGCUGGACAGCCUGCUCGAGCGCCAGCAGCAGCAAGCGCGCCGCCUCAACGCGCUCCACGCGAGCGCCCUGCUGACGCACGCCGCGCAGCUGGUGGCGCGCCUGCCGCCCGCGCGGCGCGCGGCGGCGCUCGGGGCGGGGCAGCUGCCGGCCUUUGUGCAGCGCGCCGCGCUCGUCGCGGACGCGCUGCUGCCAGAGUGCGACGCGCGGGGGCUCGCCAACAUCCUCUGGGCAACCGCGAGUCUGCAGCAGGCGCACGGCGCGACACGCGCAUGGCUCGCGCGUUGGGCGGCGCUGGCAAGCGGCCGCCUGGGGGAGUUCGACGCGCAGCAGCUGUCGGUGACCCUUUGGGCGCUGGCAGAGCUGGAGAUGGGCGGCGCGCAGCAAACUGCCGCCGGCGGCAGCGCUGGCAGCAGCAGCAGCGGCGGCGGCGGCGGCGGCGGCAGCCCUGUGUCUGGCAGCCAAGAGCGGCUGCUCGUCGCGGCCGUGGUGGCGCGGCUGGGGCAGCCGGGCGUAACGCCGCGCCUGACGCCGCAGGGCGCCAGCAACGCGGUGUGGGCGCUGGCGAAGCUGGGCGCGGCGCCGCCCGCCGACGGGAGGGGCCGGCCAUUUCCCGACCUCGACAUUCUUGCGAGCGGCGACGGAGAGGCUGUCUGA